AUGAAAAGAAUACCAUUUAAAUUAUGUAUUCUUUUAGUGAUAAUACUUGGUAUUGGUGUAAUAUUAAUUGGAAUUUAUAAAACUGAUUCAUUACCUUUAACAGAUUUUGGUAAACAAGAAAAAAUAAACACAAUAAUAAAUGAAUAUAAUUUCAAAUGGGGACCAACAAAUCAUAAAUAUCAAAAAACUAAUGAUGAUAAUGGAUACCAAUUAAAUAGUUUUACAAGUACCGGUAGAAACAUUAGAAGUAGUGAUGAUAACGAUAACACUAACACUAAUAAUAAUAAUAAUAAUAACAAUAAUAAUAAUAAUAAUAAUAACAAUAAUAAUAAUAAUAGUAAUAAUAAGAAUAGUAAUGGUAGUAAUAGUAGUAAUAAUAAUGAUGAAAAUAAUAAAUGUGAAAGUACAAUUCAAGGAAGUACAUAUAUUGCAGAUGAUCAAGGAUAUGUUUGUUUACGAUCUCAAUGGGAUUCAGUCACAGGAUGUUGUUUUGGUGGAAAUAAAACUAGCACUACAACUAACAAUAAUAAACAUUUUAGAGAUGAUGAUGAUGAUGAUAAUGAUAAUGAUGAAGGUAAUCAAAAAACUACCAAUAAUAAAAAUAGAGGUGAUAAUGAAAAUCAAAUAGAAAACGAAGAAAUAGGUGUACAAAGAUUUACAUGCUCAAGAUGUUUAGGUGGUGAAGUUUCAGAUUGUUGUGAUUCUUAUGAAUUUUGUAUUUCAUGUUGUAUGAGACAAGACAAAGUUUCAAUACUGCAUGAUACAUUAAUUAAUUUCGCUGAAAAGAAUUUAGAUAAGAAAUAUUUAAAGAAUCAAUUCGACCUUUGUUCAAUGGCAUGCAGAACUUCUUCCGCCUCUUUAGUGAAUCAACGUGAAUACCAAGAUCCAGAAUUUAAAUUUUGUUAUUCUUCAAAAAUACCUCAACCUUUUAAUUUGUAA